UCCAGUAUGCAAGAUGGUGGCAAGAUCGAACUUAGCGUGUUUUGCGCUAUUUUUCUUGUCCACCGUCUUAAUAACACAUUCAAUGUCCGAGGCUAGGUUAUGUAGGGAUCCCCUAUGUAAUGAGCCAAUAUCUGUAGGUAAAGUUAUAACAAAUUUUGAGGGCACUGGAGAAAAUGGACUCUUGCAACUUAAAGAAGGACAAAAAGUCUAUAUUUAUGCAAAAGAACCUGAUAAAACACCAGAACUCUGGUUUGGAGAGUCUGAUGGAAAAGGAGGUUACUUUCCCAAAGAACAUGUUGAAGAAUUAGUAGUAUAUGAAUCCAAUCCUACUUAUGUAGUAUCUAAGGAAAUAUUAGAAAAUUCAGAAGAGCCUGGAGGAACAACUAAGAAAGACAACAAUCCUAGUGAUCCUAAAACAACCGAAGAUGCUUCUGUAACUACUAAUGAAGACCUAAAUCAAGACAACUCAGAAAAAUCAGGUGAGAGUGACAAAUCAAAGGGAACAGAAGGAACUAUGUCUGGUAUUAUUGGAACUAUUUCAGACUUCUUUACCAUACCUCCUGGGGAAGAGGCUGAUGAAAGUACUCUAUCUAGUGAACAGAGUACUGAAAGCGAUAAAGAAACAAACAAUAAUGAAGGAGAUAAACAAAACCCCUCUGAGCGAAAAAAAGCUCCAGAGGUACUGGUUGAUAAUUUAGAUAAUAUAGAAUCUGGGGUUAAUAAUGAAAAAAAUGAAAAAAAGGUUGAAAGUGUAGGAAAUAUUUUGGAAGAAAAGGAUGAAAAGAAAACUGAAACUGAUAAAAGUGAUGAACAGUCUCUGAUGGGUGUUCAGAAUAGUGAAGAUGAUAGUAGACAUAGUGAAAGUACAGAACAGAAACAGGAAGAACAAGUUAAGAAAGAAGAGAAAACCUUUGAUGAGGCAAGUAGUAUUUCAAAAGAAGAACAGAAAAACCAGACUGAUAGUGAUGGAAGUAGCAAGCAAGAAGUGAAAAAUGAAGAGCAAGUUGGUACUAAUGUUAAUCACGAGGUUCAAGCUCUGGAGGAAAACCAGGAGGUUAAAAAACUUGUACAGGAAAAUGAAGGUGCACAAGCUAUGAGAGAGGCUGCAAAUGAUCCACAGCAAAACCAUGGAGAAAAUGACAGGGAGCAAAAGCAGGAGGUUAAAAAACUGGUACAGGAAAAUGAAGGUGCACAAGUUAUGAUAGAGGCUGCAAAUGAUCCACAGCAAAACCAUGGCGAAAAUGACAGGGAGCAAAACCAGGAGGUUAAAAAACUGGUACAGGAAAAUGAAGGUGCACAAGUUAUGAUAGAGGCUGCAAAUGAGCCACAGCAAAACCAUGGAGAAAAUGACAGAGUGGUCAACAAAGAUGAAAGAAAUGAAGACCAAUUAACCAAUCCUGAAAAUCAAGAAAAAAGAAUGAGAGAAGAAAGCAAAGAAGACGAAAAUAAUAGAAAUUCGGAACAAGAAAUCAAGGAAGAGAAAGAAUUAGAAAAUCAAAGAGAAGGAGAGUCUACAAAUCAAGAAUCAGAAAACAAAGACAACAGCAAUAAUCGAGGAACAGAAAUUCCAAAGCAGAAUGGUGUCAACCCUAAUGACCAGGAAGAGAGAAAAGACAAUCCAGGAAGUCCAAGCCAAGCAAGUAAGGAUUCAAAAGGUCAAGAGGAAGAAAAGUUUGAAAAGGAGGAAAAUGUGGAAGAUGCUCUUAAGUUCUCAGUAGAAGAGAAAAAGGACGGUAAGGAGGCUGCAGCAGAAUGGCAGCAAGGUAACCCUGCAAGAGAUGAACCUGACGUUAUAGACCAAAGCUCUUCUGAAGCUUUAAACUCAAAAGGAGAGAAGAAACUCCCUCAGUUUAUUCCUGGAGAGUACAUGUCUCUGCCAAGAGAGGAAUUACUGAAGGUACUAGAGGAGCGACAAAAGAUCCAAAGUGCUCAGCCAAAGGAGGGGGAUUCUACAGAUGAUGGACAUGAGAAGGAAGAUGAGAGGAAGGUUUUCAGACCUGCUGUGCAUGUUCCAGAUGGUAAUGAGAAGAGCAAAAAUGAAGAUCUUCCAGCAGGUGUUGGUGAGGAGGGUAAAAGAUCAAUGGAUGAAAUGGCAAAGAAAGUCCAGGAUGACCUGAAAGCUGUUGUUGAAGAAGAUCUUAGUCGUCUGAGGAAACCUAAUGAUGAGACUAAAGCUGCAGAUAAAGAGACGAAAGGGGAUUAUGAUAUGGGACUUUCACCAGAAGAUGGAUUAGGAAUUAGAGGUGUCAAUGGAGAUCCCAUAGAAAGUAAGGAAAUGAAAGAGGAAAAUACAAACAAGAUCCCAUCUGACAGAGUUGAUGAAGCAAGUGAAAGGAAAUCCCAAGAGGACCUCUCCAAAGAUAAAACAUCUCAAUUUCCGUCUAAAGGAAAAGAAAUUCUUUUCCAUAAGAGAAAACUAAGAGAAAAGGCAGAGCAAGAACAUUUAGAGAGGUCACAUGGUAGAGGGAACAAAGAAAACCCCAAUGUAGAGGAGCAUAAUUCAGGUUUUGAUAAGAAACCAGAAUCUGCAAGAGAAGACAAGGGUGGCGAAGAAAAACCUGAAAACAAGAUGGAUAAUGCAGAGAAAAAUGAGAAUAGUGGUGUUGAUAAUAUCAGGAGUGCAGAUGUCAAUAACAAGAAGGAUCCUGUGAACAAACCUGAUGAUUCAGCUGAAGACGAAACUGAAGAUGAGGAUGAAGAGGAUUUUGAGGAGGUUGAGCCAGUGGAAGUCAUUCAUCCGGAGAAUGAAACUUCAAAGAUAGAAGUGGAAAAUGAUGCUCUAAGAGAGAAAGAGCAGGAUAGAAAAGAUGCUAACUCCAAGGCAGAUGCAUCAACUGAAGAAAAUGAUGCAAAAGAGACACCUGCUAACAAGGAAGAAAAAGGAGAAGCAGAUGAUAGGGAUGGAGAACAAAAAGGUAAUGAAGAUGGGAAAAAGGAAGCCUUGGUUGGUGAACAAGAGAAUGGAAAUAUAGAGGACCAAACCCAAAAGAAUGCCGAAAAAGAAGAAGAAAUAAAAAGACAAAAAGAAGAAGAAGAAAGACAGGCUAGGCUUCGGCUCCUGCAAGAAGAGAGGAAAAGAGUUCAAGCUCUGGAUGAACAAGCUAAAAUCUUGCUUCAAAGAAAAAUGGAAUAUGAAAAGAAGAUGGAAGAUGAACGACUUAGAAAGGGAAGAGAAAAGUUGAAAAAGGAAGAAGAGAGGAAAAAACGCAUAAGACUGGAAGUGGAGAAACGAUUGAAAGCAAUGGAAGAGGAAAAGAAAAAGAAAGAGGAAGAACAAAAGAGGAAAGAAUUGGAAGAAGAAAAGAGGAAAAUGGAAGAAGAAAAGCAAAGAAUCGAAGACGAAAAGAAAAGAAAAGAGGAAAAGAAUAAAGAAAUAGAAGAGGAGAUGAAGAGAAUAGAAGAAGAAGAACAGAGAAAGAAAGUUGAAGAUGAAAAUAAGGAAAAGGAUCAAGAAGAAGCUGAUAAGGUAAAAGAGGAAAUGGAGAUUGAAGCUGCCCUCAAGAACAAGUUAGACACAUUAGCCAAAAAUGGUGAUAAGCCAAAAGAAGGAGAAACCGAAAAAAACAAAGACACACAUCUGAGAGUGAAAAACACAAAUGUUUCUGAAUCAGAAAGGAAGAGUGUUGAGUCUUCAAAAAAAGAAAAAUCUGCAAGCAAAGCAAAGCCACAAACUAGACUCCUUCAAAACAAACUCAAGAACAUGAAGAUGAAAUUGAAGACCCCAAAGAAAAAAAAUGCUGGUAGAAAGACAAAGGGGAUGAAAACCAAAAAGAAUAAAAGAAAGUUGUAUGAUAUGAAUGACAUCCAUUUGGACCAGGAUCGCUGCAUGUCAGUUUCAUAUGAAAAGAGAAUGAGCUGUGGUAUUGACCUGACCGAAGAUGAGUGCCACGAUGAUGAAUGUUGUUUUGAUGAAGAUGCUCCUCCAGAAAUCCAGUGCUUUUAUCCACCAACUGAACCAGAUGAUUCAGAUGUUGAUGAAUAUGUUGGCGAUGACUUUGAUGAAUUUGAAGAAAUUCCUCAAAAGAAAAGAAGGAUUAAAGGAAAAAAUGGAGUGAAGAGACAUCGUCAAAAGAUUCCUGAGGAAAACAGAGAAAAUUAUCCAACACAUCAAAAAGAACCCCAAAAAGCUGCUGAAAAUACUGACAAAGCAGAAGCUUUUGUACCUGGUGCAACUAAAAGGGAAGAGUCCAAGACUACAGUAGUGAAUCAAGAGGCUGUUGGUAUAAAUACUGCAACUUCUACAAUCACCCCUACCCCUACACAAGCAACAACACAAACAACUCAGAUGACAACCCAAGGUAUCCAAGAUGCUACUGGUAAUACAAAACCCUCUCAAGACAUUCCUACCCAAACUACGACACAAACAACACAAGUGACAACACAAGCCACACAAGUGAACCAGGACGCUUCAGCCCUUAAUACUGGCAGUUCUGUGAUAAAUCCUAGUCCUCCUUCUGAAGUGACAACACAAAGCACUGCUUCUGAUGUAGGAGACAGCAAGGCAGCUGAUCCUGGUCAUGUACCACAACCAUCAGUUUAUAAUGGAACUCCUGCAGUUCAACAAAGGCAAGGAGUAGAUAUCAGGGAGGAAGCAUUAAGAGUCCCUCCCAAUCAAGAUAAAGUUAUAGAUGACAAACUUGAACCUAGAGUGACUUACUCUGAUGAUAAAACCUUUGAUCACCGUAUGCCACCCAAAGUGCCACCAACACUUCCAACAGUUCUUCAAACACCUGCAGAUGGGAAGGGUGUAACAAGUAAUGAAGAAAAGAUUGACCCUGUUCCUCAAGAAAAGCCUGAGAUUCCAAGAAAGGGCUUGCCUGAUGUACUGAAUCAGCCAACUACAGCUCCGACAUCUGCUGCAGAAGACAGUAAAACUAAAAAAGCUAAGAAGAAGAGUUUUGGUAUUUUAAAGGGAUUUUGGAGGUUUCAUGAGAUCUUAGCUGUGAAAAUCAUUCAGUUUGGACAGCCUUUGAGAGGAGCACUAAGGGGAAUACUGGCAUGUGUUGCCCUUGGUCAGGUGUUUGAUGAUAUUUGCCAAGAUCUAGCAAGUGCACCACCAUUUGUUAUAAUCAGUACAGUGCUGUUUGGUACUUUUGGUGUGAUCUUUCUAUUUUGGUCAUGUAUAUCUAGUUUCAGCUCUAGCAAUGCAGCCAAAGGACCAAGUCCAAGAGAUGUUUUCAAAACUUAUGAAGCAAGGAUCCGCAUCCUUGAGGAAGAACUUGAGGGACUAGAAAGAUCUCACAAACAACUGCAAUUGAAAUCUGAACUUGCUGUUGAAGAGAAACACCACUCUGAUGAGGCAGCUAAUACUGCAAGAAAGAGUCUGGAACAAACCAUGAUGAAAAUAAAACAGACAGAGAACGAACUCCAGCAUUUACAGGAAAUGAUUAAUGUCAAAAAGCAAGAGCUCAAAGCUGUCAGCGAAGAGAUUGAACAAAAAGAUGAAGAGAUAGAACGCAUGCAACAAGUAGCUGAAGAAUACAAAAGAGAGAUUCAAAACAAGGACUACGAAAUCCAGCUUCUACAAAAACAAGCUAAUGAGUUUGAGGAGACUAAGGGCCUAAUGAAUGAAGAAAUUGAGGGACUAAAAGACAGAAUUGACAGCCAAGAACAGGAAAAAGCCAAAUUUGAAGAUGAUAUCAAUGCAUGGAGCGAGAAGUAUCAUAAGUUACAGCAGAGCCUUGAUGACCAGGCUUUGAGGAGCAGCCAGAUGCAGGAACAAUACGAGUUUAAAUGUAAUGAAGUUGAGGUCCUUCAGGACUGCCUUCUGCAGAUUAAAGGAGAUGAGAACGAGGAAGAUGAUGAAGGCGUGCCAUUAUCAGAAGAAGAGAAGGAUAAAGUACGCUCUGAGAGACUUCAAGCAAUGCUGGAUGCCUCUAAGUCAAAGACAGAAGCCAAGAUCAUAAAAGAAGAGAACAUGAAAUACAAAACUGAGCUGGUCGAAACCAAAACCGUGAAAGAAGCAUUAGAAGAGAAAAUCCAAGAUCUUGAGCAUAAUCUAUCUGAAGCCAAGCUAAAUGAAGAAAAGGCUCGCCUCGACUUCCGCGAGAAAGACAUUGAACUAACUGCCCUUAGGAAAUACUUCAAAGACACAGAAAGCGAAUUACAUAGGAAACUGACUGCAGAGGAGUCAGCAAGGGAAGCUACAGAGAACAAGCUGAAGACUGAGUUAUCCAAGGCAACUGCUGAUUCUCAAGACCUCAAUACGUAUAAGAAGCUUUAUGCUGAUAUCAAUGAUGAGAUCCAGCGAGUGAAGGGUAAUGUUGGACAUCAGGUGGCAGCCGUAGAAGAACGAGCUCAUAAUAACUGGCUAAAGUACAGAACAGUAGAAAGAGAACUAGAAGAGGUCAAACGUGAAAGAGAUGCCCUAAGAAGAAGGAUGUACGCUCUGGAGAAGGAGAAGAAUAGGCCUGGUUCCUCUGCGAGUGGGAAAUCUUCAGACAGUGCUGAUGGUGUUCGAGCUGACUCACCGAUACGAGGUCCCCCACCACCAGUGCAUCCAGCAGCUCCUCGUGUACCAGAGCACCAUAGCCCUGUCCCGAUGCCACCCCCAAUGCACCAUCCCAUGUAUGGUCCUCCACCCAUGAUGCCCAUGGGCUAUGGUCCUCCGCCACCCCCUGGAAGAUUUGGCCCACCACCUCCACCUCCUCAAGCAUACAUGGGUACUCCACCACCUGGACGUAAUGGGCCUCCACCACCACCACCUUCUGGCCGAAGAGAUUCAGGGACGCACACACCCGAUCGUGAUGAACGAGAUGAGCGGGACCGCAGGGACAGCCGUGGUUAUGGCACCAACGAUUUACGUGAUAGUCGACGUCGAUCAGUUACUCCUCCUAAUGGACCUAGAAAUCACACAGAAAGCCCAUCAAGCUUUAGUAAACCACCUAUCUCAAGCAGUACCCCUGGAGAUCCUAGACAGGCCAAAUUAGGAAAGAUUCAGAUUUGUAGUCGAGAUUGGACUAUUGGAGGAAGUAUACUUCUAAACUCUUUGGAUAACGAUAGGGCUUCAUUACGAGAUAACUAUGACAGCCGACCCAAAGAUGGAACACCACCUUUUGUUCCUCACCCAUCUGGUCCCCCUAUGAGCAAUUCACCUAUGAUGAGACCACCAAUGAGACCUCCAUAUGGACCUCCUAUGAGACCACCACCCAUGGGCUCACCUAUGAGACCACCUUAUGGACCACCUAGGGGACCCCCCAUGGGAUCACCUAUGGGACCCCCAAGGCCACCCCUAGCUAGUCAGAGCCCUGGACCUCCUCCAAUGGGACCAGCAUCCGGACCAAAUGCUUACAGAAGAGUAUCGGGCAAUAGACCAACUACAAACUCCUCCUCACCAAGCUGACAAAACAGCUUCAAAACUAGACUUCUUUAAAUAAUAAUUCUGGACAUACUGUAUAAUCAGAGACGACAGAUGAAUGAACUGUGAAAGUUUAAAGCCUUUCUCUCCUCAAAACUACUUCACAAUUCUUACUUGAAUGACACAGCUCCGAUGGCUGCUAAGCUUUUAUUCGUCUUUCCCUUUGUCACUGUAUCUAAUUGGACCAUUGCAUUUUUUAUUCUGUACCCCAGGGCUUUCGAUCAGCACCCCAUUUUCAAGAUUGUAAAUUAAGGGUGAUAGUGGUUGGGGUAGGGGUAGGGGAAGGGGUACAGAAAUAAACGUAGUGGCACAAUACUUACAUGUUUUUAUGUAUCAUACUCGUAGUAUUUUGGUACUGUGUCUGUAUUUUUAGUUUUGUUUCUGCAUACAAGAACAACUCCAACCCUAGUGUUAUCGUAUCCACAGGACAAAUAAAUAGUGAAGCCCCUUUCUUAUUCACUACAUCUCUUCUCUAGAUUUCUGAUCUAUUAUACUAUCGAUCACUUGGGGCUUAUUAUUAUGAAGAAAUUAUAAAAAGAUGCAUUCAAAUUAAUAAAAUAAACAACAAAUGAA